ACCAUUAUAACAUAAAUCCACAGAACAUACCCCACAAUUGUUGACUUUGAACAUGCUUUGAACUCAUAAGAAAAACAAGCCCUUAUUGACACGCGUCAAAAAAAAUCUGGAGAAGGAAACGGGAUUUCCAAAGUUUUUCUAAUAGUUGUUCGUUUCGUUGUGUUUGUAAACUGGGAAAGCGAAUUGCAGUCAAAACAGUGCCGUCCUUGAAGCCAUUCGAGUUAUUUCUGGUUGUUUGUGUCUGGACUGCCGUGUCCAUUUGUGUUUAGAAGGUCAAAUUCGCCCGCUUGGUGCUCAGACCUGGUCAAAAUUAUGCCCUAGGCCCAGAAGACAUCUAAGGAGAAAUGAACGAUUCCACCUCCGAUUUGGGUCCUUCAGGGGUCGCAGCCAAAAGCCGAGUCGUUAAAGAAGGUUGGCUGUUUAAAAGAGGCGAGCAUAUUAAGAAUUGGAGGCCCAGGUAUUUUGUGUUGUUUGAUAAUGGGGACCUAAACGGAUACAAAGCCAAGCCGGAUGUUUACUUCAGCGGUUCCAUCAAUAAUUUUACAGUAAAAGAAUGCCAAAUUAUGUCCACGGAUAGGCCCAAGCCCUACACUUUCAUUAUCAGAGGAUUGCAAUGGACCACCGUAAUCGAGAGGAUGUUCCAUGUGGAAACUGCAGAAGAAAGGGAGAAAUGGGUUGUGGCUAUAAAAACUGUGGCCGAAAGACUGUCUACCGAGUGUGAGGACGUCGAAAUGAAUGCUGCCAAUCCGGACAUGAUGGUCGAUUUGUGGGAGAAAUGUUCCCUGCAGGGCACAUCAAUAUCCAAAUCCACUGGACGAAGGAAAGUCACUCUGGAAUGCUUUGAGUUUCUGAAAGUGCUGGGCAAAGGCACGUUUGGAAAAGUGAUUCUGUGCAGGGAAAAGGCGACCAGUAAACUGUACGCGAUCAAGAUCCUGAAGAAGGAAGUGAUCAUUCAGAAGGACGAAGUCGCCCACACUCAAACGGAAAACCGCGUGCUCAGAACGACAAACCAUCCGUUUUUAACAUCUUUAAAAUAUUCAUUCCAAACCAACGACCGGCUCUGUUUUGUCAUGGAGUAUGUAAAUGGCGGAGAACUGUUUUUCCACCUGUCCAGGGAAAAGGUUUUCUCGGAAGAGAGAACCCGAUUUUAUGGAGCCGAGAUUAUUUCAGCUUUAGGGUAUCUGCAUUCGCAAGGCAUUAUUUACCGAGAUCUAAAACUGGAAAAUCUCCUAUUGGACAAGGACGGGCACAUUAAAAUCACCGAUUUCGGUUUAUGCAAAGAAGAUAUCACAUAUGGGCGCACGACAAAAACGUUUUGCGGUACCCCCGAAUAUUUGGCGCCAGAGGUCCUAGAAGACAACGACUAUGGCCGAGCUGUUGACUGGUGGGGAAUUGGAGUGGUCAUGUACGAAAUGAUGUGCGGGCGAUUGCCGUUCUACAACAGGGAUCACGACAUGCUGUUUACUCUGAUAUUGAUGUCGGAUGUGAAGUUUCCCAGAGCUCUCAGUGCCGAGGCUAAGGAUUUGCUCUCGGGCCUGCUCAUCAAAGACCCUAUUAAACGUCUUGGGGGUGGCCCGGACGAUGCCAAACAAAUAAUGGCACAUCCCUUCUUUGGAAGCAUCAACUGGACAGAUCUGGUGCUGAAAAAGAUUCCUCCGCCGUUUAAACCCCAUGUCACAUCAGACACGGAUACUCGUUAUUUUGAUCAGGAAUUUACCGGCGAAAGUGUUGAAUUGACGCCGCCGGACAACACGGGGCCUUUGGGGUCCAUUCAGGAGGAGCCGCAGUAUUUCCCGCAAUUUACGUUCCAGGAUUUGUCCUCCACCCUGGGCAGUUCGACGCAUAUCAGCGGAAGCAUGGCUAGCGUGGGUAAUAUGCAGUGAUGGCUCGAAUUUGUUAGUUUACCUACUUCCCCGUGCGGCCGACAUUAAUUAGCCGUCGAAAAUUUCGCAGAUUUCUGAGUACUUAACACGGGAAAAGCAUAGCCAGACACUAUUGCUAUGGAAGUAGUAGUGGUUUGUACAUAGACCUUUUUAUUCCUAUACUAAGCCAUAUAAGUGCUUUAUUACCCAAGAGUUUGCUUUUGUCCCAUGUGAAAACUGUAUUCAUCGUCUGACAAAAAGCCAGCCUUGUAUCACAUGUCUAGUUGCGAUUUUAAUAUGAAAACCGUAAAAAAUUGUGCCUAUUUGCGAGAAACCUGAAAAAGUACCAAACGUUUGUUAAUAGGCUCUAAUUUUACACUUGAUUUUCCCUUAACAGUUAUUAAUUAUGUCCUAGGAUAUUCACUUAAUUCAUUAGUUGCCAGACAUUUUCAGUUCGUCAUUGCUUUCUGAUGUUGUGUAUAGUGAUUAAUUUGUUAUUAAGGCAGUAUUUAAUAAAACGAAAUAUUGGUUA